CAGGGCGAGACAAACAACUCCGUGUCAGAGUGAUUUGAGCAGCACACAUGGUCAGUCCUCCCACGCUGCAGUCUCAUAAACUCUGUGUGAACCUGCCUCUGAGGAAAACCGCGCCGUCACAAUCAUUGUUCUAUUUUUAAUCAAGUGUAAGCUACACAGUCAUGGCGAGUAAAUCCUGGCUGAAUCAUCAAGUGACACUGAUGCUGCUCUUUAUAACCUGGAGGGAGAGCAUGCACUGCAAUGGACUUACAGUGGAUCCUCCUCAGGACCUUGUAAUAUCAGACCCUGGGCAUCUUGGACAUCUCCUGAUUACAUGGAGCCCCCCAGCCAGUCUGAUUAAUAGGGAAGAGUGUGCAAUACUGUAUCAGCUGGAGUACUUCGACACAUACAGUAACAGCUGGAGUGCUGUCAGGACACCUAGGAGGAUGUACAGUGCCCAGUUUGAUCUGAUGAAAGAUGUAACAGUGAGAGUGUACACUUUCCUGAGUGGACCCUGCACCAACGGCACUAUGAUCAAGAGCAAGAGCUACACUGAAGUGAUUCAGAAACCUCUCAGCACAGGUGUUGUAGGUUCUGCCGUCCAGGAUAUUGUCUGUGUUUACCAUAACAUGAAGUACGUGGAGUGCAGUUGGGGAAAAAGCCCAAAGAUGCCAGACAACUCACAGCAAACUCUAUAUUUCUGGCACAAAGAGCUGGAACAGGCAGAGGAAUGCCCGAAAUAUCUAUACUCAAGCGGAGCCAGAAGUGGCUGCAACUUCUCAGGGAAAUCUCUCCCUGAAUUUACAAACAUCAACUUCUGUGUAAAUGGCUCCUCUUCUGAAGGACCCCUGAAGCCAACAUUCAUCUCUCUGCAAAUCCAAAACCAAGUAAAGCCUGAAACCACUGAGAAGCUGCAUCUACAAACAGGACCAGACAUGCAGCUGGAGCUACACUGGGACGGUCCUAGUGGGAGGAUCCCUGGACACUGCCUAGAAUGGGAGGUGGAACAAAAUCAAGAGGGAUCUGAUGGGAAAAUUUCUUCGGUAUGGAUAACUCAAUAUCAGAAGAUUUCAAUCAAACAGACGAGCCUCACUCUGCCCUCCAUUCACGAGAAUCAGAGACAAUGCUUCAGAGUUCGGUCCAGAUUGCACAAGUACUGUGCAGACAAGAGCUUUUGGAGUGAGUGGAGUCGUCUGACAUGCCACCCAGAGAAGUGUGACGUGGCACCUGAACCAGAAUGGGACAUAGUACCUGUCUACGUAUAUAUUGCUGUUGCCAUCAUCGCCGUACUGGUGAUGUCGCUGUGUGUGGGCGCAGUGCUCAAAGUAGGGAGAUCAAGACAAGUGAAGAAGCCAGACUCUCUGUUCACCAACCUGUUUGCCAGAAAUUCAAUGGCAGAGGUGUGAAAGACAAGAAUUCAUCGCUCUUUAACAACACAUCUAUCAGUUGUUUUUAUUGUAGAAUUCGACCUUUCACAUUUUUCAGGGUCCUUUUUUGAAAAUGACACAAUGAAGCUCUCCAAGAUGCCUAAAAGAUAUCAGCUGAAAUUGUAACCACUGCAUGAUUACUGAAGAUAUUACAAAUUUGUCUGAAGGUUGCACUGGGUUAUUUGCCAAAAACAGUACAACAGUAUUAUAUUAAUCAAACAUACUGUCCUGUGCGUGCCAGUUUUAUUGACGUUUUGUACAAAUGCUUGAAUUUACAUGAAUUAUUUUCAAUCAUGUUUACAGGAAAUGUUAUGUUACGGUUGUAGGUAUCGCUCUGUGUCUUUGCAGUGAUAAUCACCAGCUCAGUCAGUCAGCAGAGAUGACGUUGUUAAGGUUAUAUUCAGGAGAAAUUGCGUACUCUCUGGGAAUUUGUUUUUGAUGUUUUAUUAUUUGCCAGAUCUCUUGCCAGCUGAUUCAGUCAGUAUAACUCCACUUCAUGUUGUGGAGAAAUUUUUAUUGAAUUCUGUUUUACGUUUUCUUGUUAAAUUGUACUUUGAAUUCUUGCCACCUGGUUCAGACAACAAAGGUUUUAUUAUUAUUUCUUAAUCUAGUUUAUAAGGAUAACAUGUAUGAAAAGGUUAAGUAUUUUAUAGUAUGCAUCAAGCCAGUGAAGUCUUUCAUUUCACAUUUCAUACUUUCACAGAUUUUAUAAUGCGACUGAGUGGGAUUCUUUUUUUCUCUGAAUGGGUUAAUACAAAAGAAUGUGCCAGUUGUUCUUAAUGCCAAAACUCCUUGCCAGGUGUGUCUGAAGAGUUUCAAUUGUAACUUAACCUGCAAAACUAUCUUAAUGUAACUGUUGCCAAAAUGGCUCCAUUACAUCAAAUAUUACCAAAUAAACUCCGCUUUCCUUUUUACUUUUAACGUAUUAAAUUGUAAAGUUUAUGAUAGCAUUAUUUUUUUUGAGCUAUGUAAUAUAAAAAAACAGGUUUUUAUAUAAAAAUCCAAUGUUUGCUCUGAAAUACAGACUUAAACGUCAGUGUAAACAGGUGCUGAAAUACAAAAAAUGAAUGUCUCACAUACAGUUUUCAUGUUCUCAUAUCCUGUUGGACUAUUCUGGGCUUUUUCUAUAUGUGUUUAUGGGGUCAAGAUAAUUUAAACUGCUGUUACUGAGUUAUUUCUUAGUACUGGUACCCCACUGGGCACAGGUGCGGCUCAUGAGCUUCAUGAUGACCCUCUCUGCCUUGACCCAGAUCCUUAAAGACAAGGAGCAGUCAGGAAAAUGGCACACCUAGUGGAGCGAGGGGUCGUCACAGCAAAAUAUGGGAUUAAGAAAAUGUCUCAUAAAUCACUGGAUAUUGGCAGUGUUUGUUUUCUGUUUCAUUCUGUGGCCUGUUUUAAAUAAAGCGUAAUGUUGGAGGC